GCGACGCCGCUACCGUACCUGCCGUCGCAGUCGCCGCUCAACUUUACGAAUGGGACAGCGACCUUCUUCACGCGCAACGUGACGCUGCCUGUUGGCGACUAUGCGGCGUUCGUGCUCACAACGCUGCAAGGACUCCAGCUGCCCAACACGUCUGUGCGUGUCGACCUCGUGAGCUACACGCUGGUUCGCGUUCCCGCGCCAGUCGAACCGCCGCUGCUCUCGACAACGGAGUACGUGUACAUUGGCGUCGGGGCCACUCUCGCCGUGCUCGCACUCGUCUUCUUGGCCGUCUGUCUUUGCCGUCGCCGCCGCCGCAAGCAGCACGCAGAACAGGUCAUGGCGGCGUAUGCCCGCGCAAACACCCGCGUCUCGAACCAACGACCAAGUCCCCGGCGCGUGCUGUCCCUGCGGCGGUCAGGUCGCAUGAGUCCACGGCAAGUGCUUUCCCAGCGGCAGUCGGGGCGAAGUAGCAGUCACGGGUACCGCCACCACGGCUCGGUCAUUCGCCUCGGGCACUCGCCGUACGUGCAAGCGCCGAUCCCGCUUCCAACGACAUCCUCCUCCUCGGUAUCGUUGUUUUCAAACGAGAUGGACUUGGUCAAUUUCGCGCCCUCGCCAUGGCAUCACGGCCAGUCGGACAUCAUGUACAGUCGGCACUCGGACAGCGGCUCGUCGCCCGUCGACUCGACCGAAGGCUACUACACCGAGACUUCCUUCUCGUCGCCGUCACACGGUAUCACCGCGUACCGUAUUUAA